CCCUCGCGGCCGCUCAUUGGCGGAACCGCGGCCGCGGCGGGUUCUGAUUGGCCGGCGCGGUUGUCCGUCGCCAGCUGCCCGCCGCCGUCCCGCCCACCGUGCUCUCCUCAGUGAGGCCGCCGAGGGGAAAUGGCGGGAGAGGCGAUGUGGGGCUUUUAAGGAGCCUUUUCAUUGCGGAGCGUGCCGUCCCGCUUUCCAAUCGAGGUUACUAUGUCUAAUCCGGACCGCGAAAACGAGGACCUGGAGCAGGAGGAGGUGCGAAACGACAGCCCGUUCUUUGCCGACCUGGACAGAGGUGACCUCUCUAGCGAGACCUCCUCGAGGAAGGACUCGCUGACACCUCUUCCCUGCCCCGGCGCGGAGGCGGCGGGAGCGGCCCUGGAUGGCAAGUCAUCCGCUUACUUCGCGGCCCUCGAUUCGAACAUCGGAAACCUGCAGCAGCGAACGCAGCAGCUCAUCGACAAGGUCAACGACAACCGCAAAAAAGACCACGCGGUCAUGAGCAAUUUCAGGGAGAGCCUCCUGCUGAAGGUCUCGAGCCUGGCCGAGAAGCUGGAGGAGAAGAUGUUCCGCGUCUACGACCUCCACAACGAGCUGCUGCAGGAGAAGCUGCGGGAGCUCUCGGAGCUCGUGGAAAGGAUCGGCCGGAUCGAGGCGGAGCUCAGGCACGCCUGCCGCGCCGUGGAGGCCGCCUACGAGGACCUGUGCCUGCGGCCGGAGCCGUGAGCGUCGCCGCGCCGAGCGCCGCGGCCCCCCGGGAGCGCCGCCCGGGCCGCGGAAGCGCCCUUUCCUGCGCCCCCUUGACGUUAAAUAUGCUUUUUUAAAAAAUAUAUAUAUAAAAAAAACAUAUAUAUAUAGAAAAGGCAAACAGACCCUCAACGCUUGAAUUUCUGAGGUUUAAGGGAGCUUGUCGCAAAGGGCCGAGCAGCCUCUCGUCCCUGUUGCCCCCCCCCUCGCGAGGGGGAAGCGGGGUGCGGGUUGCGUCCGUCCGUCUGUCCGUGCUUGCCGGCGGCGGCUCCGCGCGCGGCCUUGGCGUUUCCCGUCAGGAACGGCCGCGGAUAAAAGCGGAGGGACGCGGCGAGGCCGAAACCUCUCCCACCGCCGCCGCCGGCCCGUUCGUCCCGAGAUCCCGCGGCGGCGCCGCGCGGCUUUUCGGCGAGAGCGGAGCGGCCGCGCCGGCGGCAGAGCCGCGGCUCGAGCAGGAAUCCCGGAGCGGCGGCGGAGCCGGCGCUUCUCCGGCCUCUACUUGCCGGCGGCGAAGGCCUGGAUGCCCGUGAUGGCUCUGCCCAGGAUCAGCGCGUGGAUGUCGUGGGUGCCUGCGGGCGGCAGCGGUGGCGGCGCCGUGUCCCCGCGCGGCGGGCGGGCGGGGGGGGGG